GCAGCUUCAUAUAUUUCAUAUAGGGUACGUUAGUCCAGUGACGAAGAAACGAGUUUUACAUAAUUAUACCAUGCGAACGCUUUUCUGACCCGUCUGCAAUUUUGCGAUUUGGUGGUGGUGAACUAAACAUUAUAAAACUGUUAUUCGUAGGCGAGAUCUGAGUCAUUCGAUAGUUAGUAUAUAGUAGAGCUGACAUUCAUUCAUAUCUACAAAUAUGUUCAUUUGGGACUGGUUUGCAGGUGUUUUGAAUUAUCUUGGUCUUUGGAAGAAGAGUGGUAAACUCUUGUUUCUCGGUUUAGAUAAUGCAGGCAAAACUACAUUACUUCACAUGCUAAAAGAUGAUCGAUUAGCUCAACAUGUGCCUACAUUGCAUCCAACAUCAGAAGAACUUUCUAUUGGAAACAUGAGGUUCACAACAUUCGAUCUUGGAGGGCAUCCUCAAGCUCGAAGAGUCUGGAAAGAUUAUUUUCCUGCAGUGGAUGCCAUAGUGUUCCUUGUUGAUGCAAGUGACACAUCACGGUUACCAGAAUCAAAAGCUGAAUUUGACGCACUUUUAACAGAUGAACAACUUAGUGCAUGUCCAGUUUUAGUGCUAGGUAAUAAAAUCGAUAAACCAGGUGCAGCAUCAGAGGAUGAACUUAGAAAUUACUUCAACCUGUAUGGUCAAACAACAGGAAAGGGAAAAAUUUCUCGCAGUGAAAUACCUGGUCGUCCAUUGGAAUUAUUUAUGUGUUCAGUACUGAAAAGACAAGGGUAUGGCGAAGGCUUUCGCUGGCUUGCUCAGUACAUUGACUGAAUGCAUAAAAUGAUUUAAAUACUCAGAUUUGUGGCAGUUUAUUACAUUUCCCUUUCCUCUGAUUCAUAUUGGAUGUUAUUACAGAAGUAUUAUCCUUUACGUGAAUUGUGCGGUAGGAAAGGAAUAUCAAUAUAUAAACUGCAAUAAAACAGAUUCAGAACAGUGCAGAUAAGUUUUAAAAAAAAAACAUCCAAAAAAUACAAUAUGACAAACGUGAUAGAACUAAUUUCUUUUAUUUUAAUACAUGGAGCCUACAAUCUAUAUAAAUUUUUUUAAUUCCAUACAAA